GCGGCGAAAGGAGGGGAGGAGAGGUAAGGGGAGGGGGGGCCGAACCACGGAGCUGUUCCCACGCAACGUCGCCUAUUUAUUUUGUGUGAGCGUGUGUGGAUGUGAGCGGAAAGCGACGCCUCGAAGUAGAGUUCGGUGAAGCGUCGCGUAGAGACGUUUCCGCCCACAGUGAAGAUGGCGGCUCCCUGGAUGGAGAAGCUAUCGCAGACUUUGGGUUCUCCCGAGCCUGCUGUUCGGCUUAUAUUUUCUAUAUUAAUCGGGUAUCCCUUCGCUCUUUUUUACAGGCAUUUCUUGUUCUACCAGCCAGCCACCAUUAUCCACCUGUUCCAUGCCUUAUCCGGACUGGCUCUAGCAACAUUCAACUUUGGUCCCCAGAUUUAUCACUCGGCGGUAUGUAUCCUCGUCCAGUUCCUGAUGCUGAGGCUCAUGGGAAGGACGGUCACAGCCGUUUUGAGCAGCUUCAGCUUUCAAAUGUUAUACCUGUUGGCAGGCUAUUACUACACAGCGACGGAAGAGUAUGACAUUAAGUGGACGAUGCCUCACUGUGUGCUCACGCUCAAACUUAUCGGUUUGGCAUUUGAUUACUAUGACGGCGGGAAAGAACCAGAGGAGCUGACUUCACAGCAGAAAAGCGCAGCCCUGUCGUCCACGCUCUCGCUGCUGGAGGUGUGCGGCUUCUCUUACUUCUACGGGGGCUUCCUGGUGGGCCCCCAGUUCACGCUGCGCAGCUACCAAAGGCUGGUGGCUGGGGAGCUCAGCGACUGCCCUGGAAAGCCUCCAAACAGCCUUGUACCAGCGCUGAAGAGGUUUUCUCUAGGUUUUCUCUUCCUGGCUAUCUUUGCAAUAUUCAGCCCUCAUUACCAGGAGAGCUACUACCUGACAGAUGAAUACGAUGCUCAGCCAUUCUGGUAUCGCUGCGUCUUCAUUCUGAUUUGGGCUAAAAUCAUAUUGUAUAAAUACGUCUGCUGCUGGCUAAUAGCCGAAGGCGUAUGCAUCUUGACAGGGCUCGGGUACAACGGCGUGAUAGAGGGCGAGCACCAGUGGGACGCCUGCGCCAAUAUGAAGGUGUGGCUCUUCGAGACCACGCCGCAUUUCGGGGGAACCAUCGCCUCAUUUAACAUCAACACCAACGCCUGGGCCGCCAGGCAUGUGUUUAAGCGGCUGAAGUUCUUGGGCAACAAGUUGCUGUCCCAUGUGUCCACUUUGUUCUUUCUGACCAUUUGGCAUGGACUCCACUCUGGAUACGUUCUUUGUUUCUCCUUGGAGUUCUUCAUCAUAAUUUUGGAGAGACAGGCCCAGGCGUUGGUGCAGGACAGUCCAGCGCUCACAAAGUUGGCCAACAGCUCCCUCUACCCGCUCAUAUACGUCAUCCAGCAGUUCAUCCACUGGCUCUUGAUGGGAUACGCACUGGUGCCCUUCUGUAUCUUUACCUACGACAAAUGGCUAAAGGUGUACACAUCAGUCUACUUCUGCGGUCACGUUUUCCUCCUCGUAGUCUUUUUAGUCAUGCCAUACUUGCGAAAGGCACUGGUGCCCAACAGGGAACGCAGCCAGGACAAGCAGGAUUAAAGUCGGGUCGGUCUAAGGCUUAAUGUCCACAGAAAGGAACCGUGGCAAAAAGGAGCAGAAUGGAAAAUAUUUUAGGCCUUUAGUAUAAAUAAUAUAUAAAUAUAUGUUCAUGUGAAAAUAAAUAUAUAUAUUUUUGUGUUUUUUAAAAAGAAAAAGAACAAUAAUGAGGGUGUUUUAUAAACAAUUUUGGAGAAAUGCUUACAGGAAAAUGACCAUUGUGCCACAUGGGCUAAUUGAGUGCACGUCAGCGGGCAAUUUCCUGUUUGUUUUUAUUUUCCGAAACACGUAGUUUGCACUCAGCAGGUUCACAGCCAGUCGUUGGUACCCUUUUUUUUUUCCUCAUUCUGAUUUCUAUCCAUCUCCAAAUUGUGUUUAGCGGCAGUAUCUCUUCAUUGUGAGGUGUUCAUGCACUUUCGGAAUGUAACGUAACAACACACUGCUCGCAUUGGAAACAACUCAAUUAUUAGGUGGGGGUUAGGAUUUCAUUUGUGAAGACGGCUAACACAAGCACUGUCAUAAACACACACACACACACACACAACACCUGACUCAACAUGGCCUUGUGUACAUGAAUGUUUUUACUGUUUGUUUUGCUUGUGAUUUGUUUUGUGAUAGAAAAAAAAAAGACUUUGAUAGAUUUUUCCAAUUUUUGUCAUUUUGAAUGAGAAAUACUACUUGUUGCAAUGCUGUCCACCUUCUCAUCCUGGAUUGUAUUAUUUUGGUUUAUUGCUGCCAAUUUCUGUGUUGUUGUUUUUUUCCGAAAUGUACAGAUAGUCACUACUGCGUGUUAUUUAAGAACAGAACUGUAAGUACUUUUUGAAGUGUCCUAAUUUUUCCCACAUUACUUUAACUGUGGCUCCCCCUAUGGGUUGUGGUUAAAAUACUUUGUUAGACAUGCUAGCAUACGUGUUAUAUCCUCAAAUCUUUAUUUAUUGAACAAAUGAUGAAUGACUUGUGGCCAAUUUGUUGCUAAGUUCUGUCAUUGCAGAGAUGGUUUCUUUGACGGCAGCAAUUUUUUUUAGCCAAUUUUGCUCAAAUUUUGCACACACAUGCUUAUCGGUACCCUUUGUACCAAAUUUGUCAGCGUUCCAAUGGAACAGCCUGUAGUUUUUUGUUUCUUUGUCGAGCAUGCAUAUCUGUGUGAGAAAUUUCAAGUCAUUCUGACUUAUGGGGUCAAGUAACAGUGCCACCAUGUGGUGUAUUUGCCAAAAACACAAUAGGGGUGCAUUUUCUAGCAACUUUACCCACAUUUGUUUGUGCACAAAAGAGUUAAACAAAAAUAAAGUGAUGUGGAAAAAUGAGGGCACUCAUAAAGCAACAAAAAGAGAAGCUUUAGCCGUCCUUCACCUCAUCUCACUUUGCAGGAAUGCCUGUAGCAAAUGUUAAUGGUGAUUAUUAUGAUUUUGACAAAACAAUGGUGACUAUGAUGUAAUUUGAAAACUGCAUUUUUUGCCUUACCAAAUGGACAAAUAUCUACAAAAAAGUGGGAUGGACCCAUGGGGGAAUGUGAUUUAAAAAAAAAUAUUUUCUAAUGUUGAUUAAUAAAACAAGUGCUGCAUUUCAAAUUGCCUUUGACGACAGCUCCUAUGACGUCAUGUUGCAGUUUAAUCUGCGUGUUGAGGGAAUUGGU